AUGCCCACCGCGCGCGCGUCGACCCGGACGAUCGUCAAGCGCGAUCACGUGAUAUGCGAGCUCCCGCUCGAGCUCGAAGCGCUUCCCGGGGAACAGAUUCGUUUCGAGGGACUGGACACGGAAUCGCCGACGUUACGAACGAUGGACGGACGACGGUACGUCGGACGGUACAUCUUAGGCGUGGGGGAGACGUUAGUGAUCGGGAUGGACGAGAGCGAGGAGAGAAAACCGGAGGCUGGAAUCGUGGCGACGGCGGAGCGGCGAUUGCGGUUCGCUCCGGCGGGACGGACGGCGAGCGAGAACGCGCGCGAGGCGCCGUGA